GAACCCCCCGUAUAUACAAUGAGAAUUAAACCUCAUAAAAAUUUUAAAUAAUAAAAAAUAAAUUAAAACGAGUCUGAUCCACCUGUUGAGUCGGCUUGUAUAAAAGAGGCUGGCACACGUUCAGAGUCAUCGAAAUCUCGAAACGAUGAAGUUCCUGGCUCUCUGCAUGUUCCUGCUCUUCGCUCUGGUGGCCGUACAGGCUGCUCCCGGACGUGGAUUUGGUCACGGUGGUGGCGGCGGCGCAUACGGUCCUGGUGGUGGCGGCGCAUACGGUCCUGGUGGUGGCGGCGGUGCCUCUGCUAAUGCCAACGCAAACGCUCAGGCCACUGCCAAUGGCUAUGGAGGACCAGCUUCGGCCGUUGCUAAUGCUAAUGCUAAUGCAGGAGGCGGUGGUGGCGGUCGUCACCAAAUCGGCUAAUCGGUUUGUGUCAACGAGGACUUGAAUAUGGAAAUCCAAUAGAUUAAAUAAAAAAGGAGGCACGUCUUCUGACGGGCCUUCUUUAUUCUAACGACGCCCACAAAAUGUUCAAAUAAACUUAUGUUUACGGAAACAAAA